AUGGCGAUCAUCGCAACGACCGUACCACCUCUCACCUGUUACAUUGCGGCAGGGUCAUUUGCUCGGGGACGUACAGACAAUCAAGGGCCUAUAAAUCGCAAGGGCCACGUUAUCUGCAACAAGCCACUACCAAGCAGUCGCAAAAACGAUGAGACCUGA